AUCCAGGUCCAGUCUUAUUGCCACCCCAUUGUUGACCACCACACCACAUUCGUUAUUUAUCAACGCUGGUCUCCCGGUCGGACGGUCUCUCAGUCUCUCGUUUUAUUAUUCUCGACCCAGUUACCCGACCGUCUUGCAUGAAGGUUGGACUGCACGACAUUUGCAACUAUACAAAGCCUUGGCUAAGACGCUGCCCUUGUCGCAUUGAGAAACGUCACUCGCUGCAAGCAUUGGACCGCGACCAGCCACACCAAAACCGAGAGGUUGGUGAACCAAGCUGUGCGUUGGCAGUUUUCGCAAGGAACCAAAAGGAGAAGACGCCCCUUACAUUUACUUCCGGAGACUCGAAUUCUUCCCUCUGUCUCCCUCCCGACCUUUCUCCUCCCGACGCCAUCGUUUACACGUUGAGGACACCCAGCAACAGCAACCAUGAAUAUCACCAAGAAGUUCGACCGCGCCUUCCAAUGGGCGGGCGAGAAGAUGGGCGGCGAAGCCAAGACCACCAUGUCAGACGACUUCAAGAUGCUCGAGACCGAGAUGGCACUGCGCUUUGAAGGCAUGGAGCGCCUCCAGAGGUCAAUGAACCAGUAUGUCAAGUGGAUGGGCCGGCACCUUGAACCUUCCGAGGACAGGGAGAAAGCCCUCCCAGUGGGAUACCUAGGACGCACCAUGGUCGGCCAUGGCGAGGAGUUCCACCCGGACUCCGAGUUUGGCAACUGCCUGGUAACAAUGGGCCGUGCCAACGAGAGCGUAUCAGCCAUUCAGGAGACCUUCGUCGGCCAGGCCACCGCAUCGUGGUUGGAGUCUCUCGAGAGGUCUUUGGCCAUGAUGAGGGAGUACCAGACCGCCCGCAAGAAGCUUGAGACCCGCCGCCUGAACUAUGACACCAGCAUGGGCAGAGUCCACAAAGCCAAGCGCGACGAUUUCCGUCUCGAAGAGGAGCUCCGCGGCGCAAAGGCGAAAUACGAAGAGUCAUCCGAGGACGUGCUGCGCCGCAUGCAAGACAUCCAGGACAUGGAAGCCGACAACACUCGGGACCUAACCCAUUUCCUGGACGCGGAACUCGAAUACCACGAGCGGGCUGCCGAGGAGCUCCGUCGCGUCCGUCAGAACUGGCCCAGCAACGCCUCCCCAAGCUACAGCCCGGUUGAGCGGCGCCCAGUCGUGCGCAGCCGCGCUAGCACCCACAGCUACACCGACCGCCUGUCGCGCACCAACACCUUCGAAGCCGAAUCCAGCGGCGCGCCGCCCGUCCGCAUGCCGGUCCGGCCUGCCAACUCGCGCAUGCAGUCCUUCACCCAGCAGGCCGACGGCCCCGUCCGCCCAACAAUCGGCAAGCCGAGCCACACCAGCGCUGGCUUCCAGGGCGGCGCGACCCUCACGCGCGAGCGUGGCGCCAGCGUCUCAACCCCGACCACCACCCACAACAUCACCACCAACGUGGGCGCCCUUCGCGGCCAGCUGCGCCCCGUGAGCAGGAUCGUGACCGCUCCCAUCCCCAACGGCGCCGGGCGCGACAACGACGUCUUUGCCGACCGCGACGACGACAGCGGCGCGAGCGACACGGGCAGCCCUGGAUGGGGCAACCGCAGCACCAGCUCGACGACCAGCGUCGGGAGCCUGAGCCGGACGCCGAGUAAUAAUGCCAAUGCUAAUGGUAAUUUUAAUGGUCUGGGCGGGCUGAAGAAGGCGCCGCCCCCGCCCCCACCGAGCCGCGCGAAGAAGCCCCCUCCGCCCGUGCCGGCGAGGAGGGAGGUCGCGUACUAAUGUGGGCGGUGAGGGAAGAGCGGUACAUAAUUGGCUGCGUUCUUUGGGUCGGGCAUGGUAAACGGCCGGUGGGAGGUCGACAAUGAGGUGAUGAAAUGUCCAGGAUAACUAUUGGUACUAUUGGUAUGGUUCGGUUUUGGGGGCGUUUCGGGGUUCUCUGUGUUGUUUUGGUUUCGUGGGCUGGCUCCGCGCGGUUCUUGCUUGAACCUGGUGAUCCUAUAUAGACACAGUUAACCAUGCAAACCGCAAGGCAAAGGUUAUGAUCAAUUAUACGAAUAAACUUUCAGCGUUUUGCUCAGACACGCCGCCGACUUGUCCAAAAAGUCCGGGGCUGGCAUAAAUUUG